AUGCAAAUGCCGGCAGCAGUCCGAUUGCUGUGGCUGCUUUGGCUAGCUUUAAUGUGGCCAAGAGCAGCUGCGAGUGGCAGCAGUGAAGAGCACUUGCGUGAGCUGCUGACCACAGAAACCUUGCUCAUCGAUGCGCUGCGAGAUUAUAUAGAUGCUCUGGAUAAACAGUUGGUGGUUAUCAAGAGCGAAACUGCGGCUAUAGAGCAGAUACAUCAGCUGGUGGGCAACCGGGUGGAGCAGCAUAUGGGCAAUCCACUAAAUGUGCUCACCAUACUGAAGCGUUUCCAGAGCGUGUGGCCUCUGCUCGAGCAGCAAGCGAAUGCCACGCAUAAUCUGGCCAACAAUUUGCCAGAUUAUGAGUUGGACCUGCCGCUGCCCAGCGAGGAGGACUACGAGACGGCUCUGCUAAAUCUGCUGCGCCUGCAAUCAGUCUAUGACCUGAAGCCGGCCACUCUCUCCCUGGGCAUGGUACAUGGCCUUAAGCUGGGCUCGGCCAUGACCUGGAGCGACUGUCUCGAAAUGGCGCGUAAUUCGGAUCGAAACGGCGACUACGCCGUAGCCAAGUAUUGGCUGGAGACGGCGCUGGGAAAACUGCCAGCUGAGAACAAUGCGACAAACUCGGUCGGUGAGCAGGAGCGCGGCAAAGUCCAAAUACUGGAGGCAUCUCUCAAUAUGGAUUAUCGCGCAGGUGAAUUUUUCAACGCACUCACAACGGCCAAAGAGCUGCUGCUCCUGCGGCCCGCCAGCCAAAAUGUGAAAAAGGCGAAGGCCAAGAUUGAACGAGCCAUAAAUGGAAGUCCAGCGAAAUAUCUGCCAAACAAGAAGUCCAGGGCAAAGGUAAAAUCACUCACAAAAUCCGUUGAGCAGCUGAUUGUUGACGAUCUCUGUCGUUCUGCCUCGCAACAGCCCAUAACAGGCAGCCGCUUCACAGAGUGUCGCCAAGAUAUAUCAAAUCUGCGUAUGCUGCGCCUGGAGCAACUUAGUGAGGAUCCUCUGAUCAUGCUGUAUCAUGAUGUGCUCAACUCGCAGCAGACUGACCAGCUAAUUAGUAUGCUGGAUGAAGUGCCGCGACUGCAAGAGUCAAAGACAGCCGCCUUUGAGCCGCUUAAAUUCACUAAUCUUGCACAGAAAAGGUUGCGUGGCAUUCAUAAUCAACUGGGCAUGGCCGGUGCUGAGCCAGAGCUGUGGCAGGCACGUCGUCAUAGUCACGAGCACGUGACGCAACCAGAGGAGCCAGCCAGCACAUCGGGGCAUGUGGCACGUGCGCUGCUCAAUCUUCAAGAGGCCAGAUUGGGCGGCGCCGUUGUCUUUCCACAGUUGGAGCUCAGCGUCUGUGUCCCACGGGGCUCUCUGCUCUACUGGAGCGUACGCAGCGUAAGCGAGUUUUCAGCUACGUCCAGGUCGGAUUACCGUAGUCGCCAGCUUGUCUGUCCGGUGCUCCUGGGCGCACAAUUAUCGGCUUGGACGGAGCUCAGUUGAAGCCUGUCAGACGAUCCUUCAGAGGUUGAAAAUAUGACUGCAUGAUUUGCCUUUUAAUCUUUCGCUAAUUGUCACAAAC